AAGUCAAAAAAGAAGUCUUCUUAAGUUGUGGUUUGGCAUGAUAAAUGUGUUCACUAACUCUCGAGGCCUCAAUCAAGCGGUGCUAGUCACCUUCAGUACUUUUGGCUGAGUUUGAGAUCUGAAUCUAGAGCUAUAGAGCCAUGGCAGAGGAAAAGAAAACAACAAUUAUGUGGAUCAAGGUCGACCUUCAAUGCCAUCGCUGCCGCAAGAAGAUCAAGAGAGUGCUCUGUAAAAUCCCUCAAAUACAAGACCAGUUGUACGACGAGAAGGGAAACAACGUGAUAAUAAAAGUGGUAUGUUGCUCUCCUGAAAAGGUAAAGCAAAAGAUAAUUUGCAAGGGUGGUGAUACCGUUAAGAGCAUCGAGAUCAAGGAGCCUGAGAAGAAGACCGAGCCACCACCAAAGAAGGAGAACCUACAAGGAAAACCUGCUGAGCCUGAGAAGAAGCCACCAGAAACAGAGAAGAAGACACCACAAAAGAAAGACCCUGAACCGGUUUGUGUUCCUGUACGGCCGACUUGUUGUACGGAGUGCCAUGAGGGUCAUGGUGUGGGGCCAUGCCUUUAUGGUCCUGGUACUAGGCCAUGGCCACCAUUAACACCAAAGCCUCGUCCUGCACCGGUUCCUUUACUUGUGCCGGUUUACCCGCGUGUGUUUCGGACGUGUUGUACGGAAUGCAGUGAGGGUCGUGAUGGGGGGCCAUGCCAUUAUGGUCAGGGUAGGCCACCCCCAUGUUAUGAUGGCUACUACUAUGGAAGGCCCAUUUAUGAUAGUUAUGGUGGCGGGUAUAGAUGUGAAGAAACUUCCUAUGGAUGCACCAUCAUGUAAUUAUUGGAAUUUGCAUGCAGGCAUGAUGAUAAUGGUGAUCAUGUUCAAGUUGCCUACUUGCAAGAAAAAAAAAAAUGUUCUAGUUGCCUUUGUUAUCACAUGGUCCGGCCGGUUUUUUUUUUUUUUCUUUUUUUUUUCUUCUUUUAAUGGUCUGGCUGGGUUAAAAUAAGAAGAUUAAUCAGGAUAUGUAUAUGGGUUGUUUAAUAAAUGUGGUUGGGGACAAAGGGUUGUUCAUUUUAGUGUUACUUUACUUGAGUUGUAAUUAUUUUUUUGAAAUAUUAAAAAACUUCUAUCAAUCAUUCCCUCUGCAA